GACAUGAGUGGACGAGGUAAAGGCGGUAAAGGACUCGGGAAAGGAGGCGCCAAGCGGCACCGUAAAGUUCUCCGUGAUAACAUCCAGGGAAUCACCAAACCCGCUAUCCGCCGUCUGGCUCGCCGCGGUGGAGUGAAGCGUAUUUCCGGCCUGAUUUAUGAGGAGACUCGCGGUGUGUUGAAGGUGUUUCUGGAGAAUGUGAUCCGUGAUGCCGUCACCUACACCGAACACGCCAAGAGGAAGACCGUGACCGCCAUGGAUGUGGUGUACGCGCUGAAAAGACAGGGCCGAACUCUGUACGGCUUCGGCGGUUAAGCAAUUUUCCCGUCUAUCGCAACAACACAAAGGCUCUUUUAAGAGCCGCCCCACUGCUUAUUAAAAGAGCUAAUCCUUCUU